UUCUCUUCUUGCACAAAUAAAAACGGUUGAUCAGUAUCAUCAAGUUCUCAUUACCUUCACAUUGUGAAGCAGAUUAAGGAUAUGGCAUUGAAGGUUUCGGAAGCUUACAAACAAUGCAAGCCCGGGACUGGAGAUGGCAACUACAAGAAAGGGCCAAGAGCAUAUCCUGGAUUCGAUACCAUUUCAGAGGGUGUUCCGUACCCUCUUGUGCAGCCAGGAAGUUCAACUUCUACUCCAGCUUGGGAUUUUACGAGCAUUGGACAUCGUGCUGCUCGACCGGACUCUAGAUUUAAUGGGGCGUUUAAUGGUGACAGGAUACCCGGCAGACAAGAAUGUAUCUCGGCCCAGUCUGGUGUUAUGCUUGUGCAAAAUGAAGAUGAACCAAAAGAGUGGAUGGCACAGGUGGAGCCUGGUGUUCAAAUUACUUUUGUGUCUCUCCCUCAUGGUGGGAAUGACCUUAAACGGAUACGGUUCAGCCGGGAGAUGUUCAAUAAAUGGCAAGCUCAGAGAUGGUGGGGUGAGAAUUAUGAUAGAAUAAUGGAGCUCUACAAUGUUCAGAGAUUCAACCAACAAGCUCUCAACACUCCCGGAAGAUCUGAGGACGGGAGAGAUUCUACUUACUCAAAGCAUGGUUCUGUCAUGGAAAGUCCUCGGAUGACUCCAUCAUUGAACAGAGAGUGGACUCCAUCUCCAAGGUACAAACCUCCUGACCAUCUUCAAGGUGCGCCCUGUCAACAUUUCAAUGCUGGAUCAAGCGCUUACAUGGCUGGUGGCCCCAAGGGCGAAAUGUCGUCUAUGGAUGCGUCAAGAACAACAACUUCCUCACGAGACGAGGCUUCAGUUUCUGUAAGCAAUGCAAGUGACAUUGAAUCAGAAUCGAUUGAACAGGAUGAACCUGGAGUUUAUAUUACCAUCAGACAACUGGCUGAUGGCACUAGGGAACUGCGGCGUGUCAGAUUUAGCCGUGAAAGAUUUGGCGAAUUGCACGCAAAGCUCUGGUGGGAAACAAACCGGGAGAGAAUACUUACUCAAUACCUUUGAUACUAUGGAAUGGAAUGCUAGAACUCCAUGUGGAACAGUUCCAUUUUUGCAUCAGGGCUUGCAGAAUGGAGACUCAACAAGAUGAUUCACCAGCAUCGCGCUAAAGUUACUAAGCCAAAAUUAUCCGACUCUGUAGGAUUUUUAAGUUACAAGUAUUCACAUUGAUUUCCUUCUCACAUGUUUUUUUUCCUGAUCAGUAGUUUAUUAUAGUCUAUACCAUGAUUUUGAAAAUUCCUGUAGGCCUUGUUUUCCCCUGUAUCUUGUCAUGGUCCUUAUCCGAUGGAAUCAUCUCUCAUUUGACAGUUGGUUUGUUUAUUUGUAAUUAAAACUUUCUGGGAUGAAAAAAUUAUAAAGGGUUAAAUACACGGAUAGCCACCCAACUUUAUAUUUA